UCAGUGAUCCUAUUCUGAUUCGAAGAAGCAAAUUAACAAUUAAUUAUUUCAGGGUCCGCACGCUAUAUAUGGAUCGUCGCAUCGGAAACGUCUGUAGUGUGCUCGUUCUAGCCUAUAAAUAGGGGUACAUACAUUCGCCGGUAGGCAAUUAAUCAGCAAGGGCGCCACAAAAGCUUGUAGGUGCGAAUAUGAGUCCCAUGUUGUCAGCCACCAUCUUCUCCUUCCUCCUGGUUAUGGCUGUUGGGGCAAGCGGCGAAGGGGCAAUAGUCUCAGACUCGGCAACUGCUACUGCUUAUUGGCAGACAAUGCUUCCCAACACUCCCAUGCCACCAGCCAUACUCGAGCUUCUGCCACACAAUUCUGCCGUUGGGAAUGACGGAGAGAGCCAUGGUGACGUUACCGUGGCAUUCUUUCUGGAGGAAGCCCUUACACCAGGAUCCACCGUCACUCCCAACAUCCCACCGAUGUCUACCUCGGGUGCUCUCUUGCUACGACGACGCGACGCUGCCGCCUCCAUCCCUAUGUCCACAGAAAACUUCACGGACGUCAUGAAAAUGUUGGCACCGGUGUCCCGCACCAUGGCCAACGACAUAUGGUCGACGCUCGACAUUUGCGAGAACUUACUCCCUGUCAAGGGCGAGAAGAAGACAUGUGUCACCUCAUUGGAAUCGAUGGUGGAAUACGUCGCGUCCAUUCUCACCACCGGGGGUGACACGCGAAACCUCCGGUCCUUCUCCUCCCCCGACGUGCCCAUGGAGGGUGUCGUGUCGUCGGGGAGAAAUAAGUACAAGGUGUCGGCAUCUCGGAGGGCCACGGAGCUUAGCGAGAGCGCGACGUGCCACGGCAUGAGGUUCCCGUACCCGGUGUUCAUGUGCCACGCACUGAACCCCACCAGGGUUUACACGGUGACGCUGGAGAAGAAGGAGGUCGACGUCGGUGGAGGACCGGAGAGGAUGGAGGUUCUCGCCGUGUGCCACCUCGACACGUCGGGCUUCGAGCCCGAGGAGAUGCCGGCGCAUGUCAAGCCCGGCGACGCCCCGGUCUGCCAUUUCAUCGCCAGGGACGGCAUCAUCUGGGCUCCUGCGACGCCUUCCGUUCCUGCAGCUUGAUGAUUUCGCGUGCAUGCUUGCAGAUGCAGUAGCCAUGCGGUUGAUCUGUUACUGUACGUGUUUUGCUUUGGGAUUUCAGUAAAACUGUAUUGUAAGUUACUCCACCGUCUAAAUAAAACUCCCGAUCGAACUAGUACUAGUAUUAAACUAGUAUUUUAUUUU